UGCAGACGAAGCAAGAUGGCGGCUACCUGCAAGGUCUUGACGAGGUUAACUGGAGGAUUUUCAAGAGCAUCUGGUUCAGUAAGGAAUGUUUAUACCCAAUCCAGAAAGAAUUUAGCCAUCAAUAAAAACACCAAAGUUAUUUGUCAAGGCUUCACUGGAAAACAAGGCACAUUUCACAGUCAACAAGCUAUAGAUUAUGGAACGAGACUGGUAGGCGGGGUAUCACCUGGAAAAGGAGGCUCAGUUCAUCUUGGACAACCCGUCUUUAAUAAUGUAAAAGAGGCUCGUGAAGCAACAGGAGCUGAUGCAACUGUAAUUUUCGUCCCACCCCCAUUUGCUGCUGCCGCUAUCCUAGAAGCUAUUGAUGCCGAAAUGCCUUUAAUAGUCUGUAUUACUGAAGGUAUACCACAACAAGAUAUGGUUCGCGUUAAACAUAAACUUAUUCGACAGGGGAAUUCACGACUUAUAGGUCCAAACUGUCCUGGUAUUAUUAAGCCUGGAGAAUGUAAAAUAGGUAUUAUGCCUGGUCAUAUACAUCAACGUGGACGAAUAGGUAUUGUGUCAAGAUCUGGAACUUUAACAUACGAAGCUGUACAUCAGACAACAGAAAAAGGAUUGGGUCAGAGUUUAUGUGUUGGUAUUGGUGGAGAUCCUUUCAAUGGAACUAACUUUAUAGAUUGUUUAGAAGUAUUUUUAGCCGACCCUGGCACUGAUGGUAUUGUGUUAAUUGGUGAAAUUGGAGGUCAAGCAGAAGAAAAAGCAGCUGAAUAUCUUAGAAACAAUAACAGGGGUGAUAAUGCAAAGCCUGUAGUCUCAUUUAUUGCUGGUGUGACUGCACCUCCCGGGAGAAGAAUGGGGCAUGCAGGAGCUAUUAUUGCUGGGGGUAAGGGAGGAGCUGAAGAUAAAAUUGAGGCACUGAGGGAAGCAGGAGUAGAAGUGACCAUGUCGCCUGCUCAGUUAGGAUCUACCAUGAUACAGGCGAUGAGUAAAUCGCGUAAGUUAUAAAAGAAGACGAGAGAGAAAAUGUUAUCUGAUUAGAGAAUAUUGAUUUAAUAAUAUACUGUCUUACUGACAUAUUGAUUUCACAAUGAAAUUGUAUAUAUAUAUAUACAUACAGCC